GUACAUAAUAAAUAAUUAAUGCUGGAAAUUUGGUUGAAUUUGAUUUAAUAUUGAGGAAGUUACAGAUAAUGAAACAUAGAAUUUUCAAACAUGCACUCACUUUUGCUUGCCACUGUAUAUAUGUUAGCUUUAGAAAAAGUCAUAUGUAGCAACAGGCACUUUUCCGCCAACCAAAAAUCACCUGCAUAUAAAUACACAUGUACAUAUAUAUAUUGCCCUGCAUUGGUUCUCUUUUAUUUACAUUAGCAUGUUAUUCCUCAUAGACUCUAAAAACUCCUUAAUCGCUGUUAAAAGUGGUGAAAGACGCUUAUAAUUUGUCUGUGGUGAGACUCUCUCAUCUCUGCCGAGUACCCCUUCGAAAAGUUACGAUAUUUGAAACGUGAACCUUCUCUAUUAUAAACGUUCUCUGACAUUUUGUUACGAUAUUUACGUAACGUAAAACCCACGACUUCCUAAAUAAAGGGAGGCAUCCAUCUCUCAAGUUCUUGCUCAAGAAAAAAUACAUUAAACAAAAACUUUGAGAGAUUUCUUGUGAGGCAUAUUUUGUGAGGCUAUUCUUGCUUAAACCUCUUAAGAAAAAAGCUUAAAAAAGUCACCACCUGAGGUAAAAAGCUUUUUGCUGUCAAACAGCUGUAAUAAAAAUAAGCAAACAAAAAUGAACACACAAAUGGAUAAAUAUAUAUAUAUACAAUAAUUUCAUAUAUUCCUAGGCGUACAAAAACGAAAAGGACAACUCAGGAGCAGCUGCAACAUUACAUAAUGUUUUGCAAGCAGCAUCCUGAGUUGCAACGGGGGAAGCUAACUCCGACCAACCCUCAAGGGCAGCAAAUACUUUGGUCGGAGUUAGCAGAUAAUUCAAAUGCCUUAAGAGGUCCAACUCGGUCGGCAGCCAAGUGGAGGGAGUCAUUGAUGCAUUGGAAACAUCAGUUGCGAUCGCGAGCGCGCAAACUGAAGGCACAUGCGCAAGCGACUGGUGGAGGCCCUCCGAUAAAUGGAAUGACUGAAUUCAAGGAGCAAGCAAUUUCAACGGUGGAUGGAUUGCCGGGUGUUGCCGCUUUGGGUCACCAGGUUUUGCCGUUGUAUUUAAAUACAGCUUAAGCUCCAGCUUCCUCGCCAACACCAACAGUCACAUCGCCUGCUCCAGCGCCAACACCAACAGUCGCAUUGCCUGCUCCAGCACCCUCACCAACAGUCGCAUCGCCUGUUCCAGCACCCUCACCAGCAGUCACAUCGCCUGCUCCAGCUUUUCCUGCUCUAUCUAUAAAUUUUCCUUCCUCGCCAUCACCUCAUUUUUCUUCCUCACCAUCACCUCCAUCUUCUUCCUUAUCUCCUCACAUCUUAUCUUCUCCUAUGCCAUCGCCAAAUGACACAAGCACUAACCUCUCUGUCAGAGGUUAUGGCUAAAUUGUCUGAAAAAUUAGAUAAGUAAUAAUAAAAAUGUAAAAAAAUAAAAAAAAUGAAAUAAAAUAAAUGAAUUAUUUAAACAUAUGUA